CCCCGCCAUUUCCGCCCGGUAGUUCCCAUCAGGGGCGAGGCCCUAUGGGAUGGCCGGGGGUACCCCGCCGUGUGGACUACAUUUCCCAGCAGGCAUCGCGCGGAAGCCGGUGCAGCUGCCUCGCCCUUUCCGCAUGGUAGUUCCCGCCGGGGGCGAGGCUGUACGCAAUGGGCGGGGAUGCCCCGCAGCGCGGACUACACCUCCCAGCAGGCUCCGCGAGAGGCACAUCUCGCGAGAGGCUGCCGGCUGCCGGUGCCGGAGGAACGAAGAUGGCGGUGCGGCGGGGAGGCCUCGCCGUCCUCCUGCUGCUCCUGCCGCUGUUCCUGGUGAUCCAGGCGGGAGCCGCCUCAGGGCCGCUCCCCGCAGCCUCCUCCGAGGCCUUCGACUCCGUGCUGGGCAACACGGCAUCGUGUCACCGCGCCUGCCAGCUGACCUACCCCCUGCACACCUACCCCAAGGAAGAGGAGCUGUUUGCUUGCCAGCGUGGCUGCCGACUCUUCUCCAUCUGUCAGUUCGUGGACGAUGGCGCCGAUCUGAAUCGGACCAAACAGGAAUGUGACUCUGCCUGCACUGAAGCAUACUCCCAAUCUGAUGAACAAUAUGCUUGCCAUCUUGGAUGCCAGAACCAGUUGCCAUUUGCUGAGUUAAGGCAAGAGCAAUUAAUGUCUCUGAUGCCAAGAAUUCAUCUCCUCUUUCCUCUGACACUGGUGAGAUCAUUCUGGAGUGAUAUGAUGGACUCAGCUCAGAGCUUCAUAACAUCCUCAUGGACUUUCUACCUUCAAGCAGAUGAUGGCAAAAUUGUCAUUUUCCAGUCAAAGCCAGAAGUGCAGUAUGUUCCACAGCUUGAUCAGGAAGCUGGAGAUACAAAAGGAUCCUUGUCGCUGAGUAAAACAGCCUCAGACGGACGCCCUGGGAGCUCUCAGACAUUCCGGGGACUGUUCGAGGAGCGAGCCAACGACAGCUUCUUCAAGUGUCUGUCCAUAAAUUCCAGUUGGAUUUUAACCACUACGCUCGUCCUGUCAGUGCUGGUGCUGCUCUGGAUUUGUUGUGCCACUGUAGCUACAGCUGUGGAGCAGUAUGUUCCAUCUGAGAAGCUGAGCAUCUAUGGAGAUUUGGAAUACAUGAAUGAGCAAAAACUCAACAGAUACCCACCCUCUGCACUUGUUGUGGUUAGAUGCAAGACUGAGGAACAUGAAGAAGCAGGACCUCUUCCUACAAAAGUCAAUCUGGAUCAAUCUGCAAUUUAAAUCCGUUGGAUCUGAUAGACUUAAUUCUAACAGAGCUAGAAACUCCUGAUUGAUUGUGGUGGUUCUUCAGAUGAGAAGCUUAGCAGCCAGUCUUUAAAUGCAAAUAAAGUUGCAAAAUCAACAAAUGUCAUGGGAUUUUGUUUUCAGCUAGUAGAGAAGAUUCAGACAUUCAGACAUGAAUUUGUUUGUUUCCAGGCAUAAUCACUUUUCACUGGUGUUUGCUAUUGUGUCUUUUUGCUUACAAAAGUUGUAAGCAUGCUUUCCAUACUUCUGCCAGGACACUUUCAAACUUACUUGUGUGUUCUAGGAUGUAAUGUGUACAGUCAGAGUUAGCUUUGUAAAGGUAUAAGACAUUUUAAGUAGGCAGGAGAUGCCUUUCUAGUGUUGCACUUUCUGUUAUAGUUAAGAGAAAAUAUUAUAAAAUUAUCUGCUGAAUUUUUUUUGUACUUGUUAAUGUCCAUGCACAAACAACUUUGUCUUCAAAAAUAGGAAUCUAUUUUUUCUACAGUGUGGCAAUAUUCGAGGUGGAAAGCAUUUGUGAGGUACUGUAAGCUAAAACUCAGCUUGUGAAAGUUGGAAACUUGUUAAAAUUUACGGACAUAUCCCUUCACAUGUAGAACAUUACAUGGUCAGUUAUUUUGUCAAACUUUAGCCUUUAAAUCUUAAAUUGCUUGUAAAGUUAGCACCUGUGUUUUCUGAAAACUUCUAUUUUCUGUUCUUAAUUAACUAUUCUGGUCUUGUAACUUCAUUUACAGAAACAAGUUGAUUCCUGAGAAAUGAGAGCAGACAAAUAAAAUUGACUGUAUAGAAAA